AUGGCAUUACUUGGAUUUGAAUCAGCCCCCAAGUCAAGGCUGAAUAAUAUCCUACCUAGAAUCAGUUGUUCUGGUGCUACUGCUUUUAGAGACGCAGUUGUGAAAGGAAAUUAGUUAAUGUUAUAGCUUUUUGCUCUCUUCUGCAAAAAGGGGGCACAUGACAAAUUCAAAUUUGUUCAUGUGGUUCUCACUGAUGGAGAGGAUAACAAAUCUUAAAUCAGUUUACAAGACUUUCUCAAGUAUUAGGUCCAUCUCAAAAAUGAACUUCCUGAGGAUAUUCUGUAAACCUUUUACAUUGGAGUGAAUGUUGAAAGCAAUCAAACAGUUCAAUAAGAGAUGAGAGCAAUUUUACAAUGUAGUGGAAAGUCAGCGUAGUACUUUCCCAUUCACAGCAAUGGAAUUAAUGAAAUCUUCUAAAAGAUUUAGAUGUAGAUUGGACUUAGAGUAUAAUAAAAGGGUAUAGUGAUUGAGAGUAAUCAAAAACAAAUUGCCUUUAUGUAAAAGUAACUUUAACCUGUGUUGUAAAUGAAAGUGAAUAAUUAUAUUGUUCUUUUCACCCUUGACAUUUCUGGCUCUAUGGAGGGUAAUUGGGGUAAGGUUUGUAAUGCAGUUAGUGGAUUUUUGGGUAAUCUAGGAUCCAAUGAUUUAGUGUCAGGAAUUGUCUUUAAUGAUAAAGUUGAGGUCGUGACUUAAUCAAAUGCAGAGCCUCAAAAGUCUGUUCAAUCUUAAUAAUGUUAUAACUAAAAUUAAUAUUAAGUUAGUAAUAGAAGAGAUGAGGAAUGCUAAAUUUUUUGA